GUUCCCCCUUUCAUGGGCUCUUACAACUUUGACGUCUUCUAAAAUUUUCAGUUUUCUCUCACUUUCUCUUUUCCUCUCCCUUCUUUUCUUUUCUCUCUCCUCUAAGAAAAAGAAAAGCUGCAUUUAGAGAGAGAGAGAGAUGGGGAAGUAUCUGGAAAUUUUGGAUGUUGGGGUGAGAAUUGCAGCAAGAUUUCAUUCUCACUGUCCUCAAACGGCACGGUUGUACUACCACCCUCCGGCUAACCACGAUGACAACCACCAGCAGCAGGACGGCCCACAUGGCGGCUUCUUUGGUGGCAAAGCCGCCGGUGACGUCUCCGGUAGGGUUGGUGGUUUUGGGUCCAAAAAGGUCAUGGCCGUCGAUACUACUGAUUUCAUUCUUUAUUCUAUUGCCUGAUGACAAAAGAAACUUGAGAUUUUACGGCUCUUUUGAGUUUUAGAUGUAUUGGUUUUGAGAAAGUCUCUAAUGGAAAUUUAU